CAAGGUUUACAUUCGCUUGGGAGACUGCAGGGGCGAGUCCUGGGCCAGAGACUUGUAUCGCCCAGUAUACUAUGUAGACUCGCAAGAGAAAGGUGCUUCCCUGAGGAAAGCUGCUGUAACCUCCAUUGUUGUAGCAUCCACGAGGAAUCCACGUAGAGCGGACACUGUAAUUUCUGUGAAAGUGAGGAAGCAUGGGAGGGCCAUUUAUAGAAGACCCGGGAGCGGACGAAUUUGAGGGAUUUGACCUGACGAGGCUGAAAGUGGACCAAGCUUACCUGAAAGUGACGUCGAGCGACUCCCGAAAUUUGUCCUUGUACACACUCAGCGGAGAUUGUUACGGGUGCCCUGCGGAGUAUAGUUUGAAUAUUUGGGCUGGCGACGAGAAGAAUGUCACCCUCAGCACCAAGUACCCUUGGACUUUCGUCGUAUCUGAAACAUAUCAGGAAUAUCUUCCACUGGAGAACGCGUCAACCGUAUGUACUGUGAGUGAGAUUCGCCUAGGCGAGUUUGGCGUCUACGAAUUCAACAUUGAAAGUGAAGGGAAUGUAUGCAGAUUAAGUAUUCUGAAGGAACCAGUGUUUGAAUAUGGAGCUCUGGUUAUCGCAGCUGCCGUUUACACAGGCAUUGCUUUAUUGUAUGCCCUGUUGUCAUUAGCUUACAAAAAGGGCGUACAUACCUAUUUCACCAGUCUUGGAAAAGCUUCAGACAGUCAGGUAGUUUUGUCAAUGGGAGCCUCCACUGAGGAAGUACAAAAUAAGCCUCCAGCCAGACAGAGGCUAAAAUCACUGGACACAUUUAGAGGAAUUAGCAUUGUCGUUAUGAUCUUUGUCAAUUACGGUGCUGGCCAGUACUGGUUCAUGGAACAUGCCACCUGGAACGGUCUUCAAGUAGCAGAUUUGGUCUUUCCUUGGUUCAUGUGGAUAAUGGGAGUCUGCAUUCCCAUGGGCUUAAGAUCAGCCAUUAGACGUAAAACCCCCAAAACAAAAAUAUUCCUCAGGAUUUUGAAACGCUCAAUUAAACUGUUCAUGCUGGGCAUCAUCUUGAACUCCCUAGGUGGGUGGGUGGAGCUUGCUCGCUAUCGUAUUCCAGGAGUUCUUCAGCGCUUUGGUAUCUGUUACCUGGUAGUUUCAACAGUUGCUCUUAUCUUCUCACCCCAAGAGCCUCCUCAGUACCAGAGCAAUGCAGGCAUAUUUAUGUCUGAUGUUAUACAGAUCAUUCCACAAUGGGUAGUGCACAUCGUGAUUGUUAUCGCUCAUACACUUAUCACAUUCCUUCUGCCUGUACCUGGAUGUCCAACUGGCUACAUUGGACCUGGUGGAAUUGACCUAAUAGUCAAUGGAACGGGCUCACCGAAUUGCAUAGGAGGGGCUGCUGGCGAAGUAGAUCGCUUCAUACUGACCAGUGCCCAUUUGUACCAGAAUCCAACAGCUAAGCAAGUCUAUCAUGCUGGAGCUUUUGAUCCAGAGGGAGUUUUAGGCAGUAUGACUUCAGUCUUCCAAGUAUUUUUAGGCUUGCAAGCUGGUAUGACUUUGCAAGCCUUCAAGUCUCACCGGAGUAGAAUUAUAAGGUGGCUAGUGUGGGCGGUUAUAACUGGAAUUAUUGGUGCUGGUCUGUGUUCUGCAUCUAUGAAUGAUGGGGUCAUUCCACUGAAUAAAAAUCUGUGGUCUCUUUCCUUUGUAAUGGUGACGUCUUGCUUUGCCUUUUUGCUGCUUUCUGUGUGUUAUGUGCUGGUUGACAUCAUAGGUGUGUGGACAGGUGCUCCAUUCUUCCAAGCAGGUAUGAACAGCAUCUUCCUUUACGUUGGGCACAACGUUGCUUAUAAUUUGUUUCCAUGGCACUAUAAAGUUGGCUCUAUGAAUACCCAUCUCCAAGUAUUGGCAGAAACAUUAUGGGGAACAACACUGUGGGUCCUCAUUGGUCUGUAUCUGUUUUACAAGAAGAAGUUCUACACAGUCUGAUAGACAUAACACUAUCCAAGAGGUGGAGAGGCUUAUUCUGAAUUAUUACAAUUUUUAAUUAUAUUAGAAAUGUGGAGAAGCUAGUCCACGACACCAGAAAUAUGAACAGUAUAAUGUGAAUUACUAAUUUGGUUUGAACUACUUACUUUCAUUGAUAGUUUUGAAUCAGUGCAUGUUAUAGCUCAUUCAUUCUAAAACUGCUACAGAGUACAGUAAGUCUGUUUAUAUAUCUGAUAUAUGGAAAAUAUCCAGUUUCAUACUAAAUCUAGGACACCGCAUACUAUAGAACAAAUAUUCCAUAUAGAUAUGUCUAAUUUCCAAAAAUGCCAGCUAAAAUUAUAUUCGGCCUACAUGUAAACACUACCCAGUGAAAUAAAAUCUUAAGACAGCAAAAAUUACUCACACAAUCUAGUUUAAAGAUUUUUUUUAUCUAAAACCAGACACCUUGACACACAAUUUAGCAUCACUAUGCAACUAUUAUAUCAGGAAUUGAACCUGGUACCAUUCAGUCUCAAUCAAGGUUGACUUUAUUAUGAACCAAGGCAAUACCUCUAUGGUGUCAUUUUCCUUUAUAGCUGGACAACUAGAACUUUUCUUUCUCACAUUUUUGUGGUAAUAUUUACACCACCCACUUAAAUGAUUAAUUGUACUUAUCAUUCUGAUCAGAAGUUCUGCAUAAGGUAGUGUGUUACCCUUGCGUAGUAUGCUAUGAUGAAAUACCUAUUUAACAGUGAAAAAAUGCAUUGAAGUUCCUUGUAUAAUUUUGUUUAUGUUACAGAAAAUUCAUACAUUGAAAUUUAGUCUUUCAUGGAGUAAGAAUUAUACACGUUUUCUUGUUAUCCAAUGUAUGUCAUACUUUUGUUUGUUAUUUUCUGAUGGUACACUGUAGUAUAUUGUAUCGAUAUACGUACAUGAUAUUUGUUUAUUG